GGCACUGACCACGAUCCAUCAAAUAUGCCAAUCGCCGCCGCCACCACAGCCACCGCCGUCAACUUCCUUCCUGUUACAACACGCUAUGGCGGCGGCAGACUAGUGCCGUCUUUCCGUACAUCCGUUUCCAUUUCUAACGCCGUUAAUACUAACUGUUCCCUCUCGAUGAGUUCUAGCCCAAAUUUUACUUCUAAUCGCCGCACAUUUUUCAUGUUGUCGUUUGCUGCUGCUGCUGCUGGCGGUGACGGCGGCGGUGAUGAUAAUUUUAACGGCGGUAACGGAGGCGGUAGUGGAAAUGGUGGUGGUGGUGGUGGUGAUGAGGAGAGUGGCGAUCAGAAAAAGAAUAAAAAUGAGGCUUUGAUUGCAUUGCGGGAGGCAGGUAGGUCGUUGGAGAGUUUGCCGAAGGACUUGCAGGCGGCGAUAGAGGAUGGGAGAAUACCUGGAUCCAUAGUAUUGAGGUACUUUGAGCUAGAGAAAUCUCCAUUGUUGGCAUGGUUGCUUCGUUUUGGAGGGUUUAAGGAGCGGCUAUUGGCAGAUGAUCUCUUCCUUGCUAAGCUUGGAAUGGAGUGCGGCGUUGGUAUCUUCACUAAGACUGCUGCUGAGUAUGAGCGCCGCAGGGAAAACUUUUUUAAUGAGCUGGAAAUUGUUGCCGCAGAUGUGGUGAUGGCCGUAAUAGCAGAUUUCAUGCUCGUCUAUCUUCCUGCUCCUACUGUUUCUCUCCGACCACGAAUGGCUGUUGAUGCUGGACGAAUUGCCAAGUUCUUUCACCUUUGCCCAGAUAAUGCCUUUCAGAUGGCCCUGCCUGGAACAUCAUACUCAUUGUUGCAAAGAAUAGGUGCAAUAGUGCGCAAUGGGACUAAACUUUUCGCUGUUGGAACAGCCUCUUCCCUGGUAAUAUUCAUAUUUUCAAUAUUCAUUCUAGAUGUGUUUGCGCUGAUACUUGUUUUUGUUCACCUUUAUCCUUAAAUGUUCCAAGUGAACUCAUUGUUGGUGUUUAUUGUUUUUCUUUUGAAGAAGAUCCUAUCAUCAUUCAUCAUUUAGUGAAAUGCUUUUUUUUUUUUUUUUUUGAAGUUGUAAGUAAAUUUUAUUGCUCCAGCACUAAGGAUAUACUGUAGCUGUACAUAUUUAGCAAAAAUAUAUCACUUCUCUACUCUUCUAGGGAUUCUAUGAGGUCGAAAAUUUGUUUUGCUUCGUCUUCUAGUUCCUCUUUACACCA